AUGAGUAUAAAUACACAUCUCAUUGUCACUUACAACUUAUUCACAUUCAAACAUUUCCAUAUUCGUUUUCGUAUCAUGUACAAAGCAUUGCAAAUCUUCGUAUUAUGUAUAUUUGUCGUUUGUAUGACUACGGCAGAUAUUGGAGAACAAUCACACAAUGGAUCUUUUCUGCCACCGGAACUCACCAACGAAGGACUCCAUCUGAAAAAUAUUUUCAAUUCAUUCUUUCCGUAUAAAUUAUUGAAUCGUCAAAGACGGGCCUCAUCAAAUUUUCAACAAGAAAUGUUAUAUUCUCAUAACAAAUACCGUGCGCGUCAUUGUGUACCUGCUCUUCAGCUUGACAGUGGACUUACUCGUUCAGCUCAAAGUUAUGCCGAGAAAUUAGCACGAAUCAAUCAAAUGAUUCAUAGUAAUACACCAAACCUUGGAGAAAAUCUCUAUAUGAUGAGAAGCUCAGCCAGAUUAGGAAAUAUUAAUGGUGGUCAAGCUACUGAUAACUGGUAUAAUGAAGUGAAACAAUACAAUUAUGGUCGUCCAGGAUUUUCAAUGGCAACAGGUCAUUUUACACAAGUAGUUUGGAAAUCAACUAAACGAAUUGGUGUUGGCUAUGCGUUUACCAAUGAUGGAAGAACAGUUUAUGUCGUUGCUCAGUAUUCUCCUCCAGGAAAUUAUCAAGGACAAUUUCCAGCUAAUGUUCUUCAAGCUAGAUGCUAA